AUGGAGAGGGAUGAUUUUCGUAAUCAGAAAAUUCAAGAAUUUGUAAACAGAGUUCGGACAACACCAUAUGGUGCCAUGAUUGAACCGGUAGACGCUGCCAAAAUAGCAAAGCUCUUCCUUCGCGCUCGAAAGUUUGAUGUUACACGAGCGUUGGAAUUAUAUAAAUCCUACAGGCACAUGAGAUAUAGCAAUCAGUUAGAAGCAAUCGACCCUUUAGAAGAUGGGGUUAGGAGGGAGUUGCUUUCGGAAAAAUUUACUGUCCUGCUACGUGUAGUUAUAUGGUUUUUCUGUAGUGCUGAUGGAGCUAAAUUUAUUAAAUGCGUCUACGCAUCUGCUUAA